CUAUCGUUGCAAUUUGACUGGCGUUGGCACAGUUACAUGCACAAUUGUGUGUCAGUGAAGCUGUGCUGGGACAACGCCAGCAAAAGUCCAGGCUAUGCCAAAGCCACCAGAAUCAAGUGGGCUGCUAGCUCCGUGUGCGCAAGCCUUCAGCGGUGCCGACUUGGACCAGGUGAGGCAGCUCUAUUUCACGACCACCACAGGCACAACCUUUCUGCCCUGUGAUUUGGCCGAGGGGAAGCGUGAGAACUUCAUCGACGUGCAUGGGAUCGGCCAGCGCAGUGGGAAGUACCUCAAGUAUCAGAAGAAGAGGGCACCGCUGCUGGACCGCUCUUCCGUGAGCUAUGCCACGGACUAUGUGGUGCUACCCUUGGAUGAUGCCCCGGUUACCAGGGCCUUGGCGAAGGAGAACAAGUUCCGAAGCAAUCCAGGCUUCGGCAGUACUUCUGCGGCCAAGUUGGAGGAAACCACUGCAAACAAGGAGGCCUUUCAUGCCUGGUCGCGCAAGGAGGCGUCCCGCGCGCGCCAGAAGAGCGCCAAGCCAAAGGCUGGUGUCAGCCACACCUUGCCUACUGGCAACCUUCUGGAGAAGAGGUCUGUGACCCACGAAGUCUUUGGGCUGCCGGUGAGGUGGGCCAGCGAGCCGGCGAAGCCGCCGAGGCCCAACCUCUUCCUGGCGCGUCGUGCCCACCCGCCGUCUACUUCCUACAAAACGGCUUUCAAGGAUCCAGCGAGGCCCAAGCUGGAGCGGCCCAGCUCGGCGUGCUCGCGCAGCGCCAGCGUAUGCAGCACCAGGGCCCCCUCGGUCCCACCGGUGCCGCCGGUUUCGCGGCCCGCCACGGCGGGGGAGAAGGUUGCCGUGGUCAAGCCCUCGCCAGAGACGGAGCAAGCACAGAGGCGGCGUUGCCAGUCAGCGCCGGCAUGCGGCAGGAGCCCAGGCGCGCCGGUCAGAACGACCGCGGUCGGCGCGCAUUCGCGGCCCAGCUCCGCAUCGAGCCUCAGCUCGGUGCGGCGCCGCGCGGCGGCGGCGCCGCUGUGCCGGGACGAGGACAUAUUCCAGAUGCGGAGGGCUUGCUUCCUGAGCCCGGGGCAGUGAGAUGACGGGCCCCCGGGCGCGCGCAGAGCCGGGCCUCUUGAGCCAAGCUUCGAAGGGUUCCGACCAGAGCCCGCUGAAGACGAUGGCCCUGGCUUUGCGAACCCA